AUGCAGCCCGCAAGGCGUUUUAGGCAGCGCGACAUUCGAGAUAUGGCGGAUACCGUGGCGUGCUCGCGGCUAGAUUACCUGUGGGCGGCAGUUGUGGCGGAGAAUGACCUCGCCUUCAAUGUAUCCAAGUCGAAGGCGCUGCAAGCCUUCGUUGACGCGGCCGUCGCCUUCGCGAAGCCGUACACACUCCCCACCCCUUACAAGGUGUCCGGCCCGCUCCUCGAAAGGCUACGGGCCGACUCCGAGGACCUUGUGCGGCCGAUUAAGGAGUCAUGGAAGACGUCCGGGUGCAGUCUCUCGGUGGACGGGUGGACGUGCCUCAAGUCCCGCGGGAUGGUGUGCGUCAUCGCCCACAACGACACCGCGCCCGUGAUUGUCGACAUCGUGGACUCAAAAACCGCCAAGAAAACAGGGGACUACCUCGCUGGUCUCAUCGAAUCCGCGAUCCUCAGUGUGGGGAAGAACCUCGUGGUCCAGGUCGUAAUGGACAACGCCUCGAACAACCGAGCCGCGGCUAAGAAGCUUGAGGUCGACUUUCCCCAGGUUUUUUUCACCAACUGCGCGGCCCACUGCUUGGACCUCAUGCUUCACGACCUAGGCAACAUUACGGCCGUCAAGCGCGUUUUGGAGCAAGUUCACCGGGUCGUCAUGAUGAUCAAGGGGAGCGCCUCCGCCGUCGUGCUUUUCCGCGAACUUUUCACCAAGCUUGCCUUGGUGCGGCCGGGUGCGACGCGUUUCGGAACCCAAGUCAUCAUGCUGCGCCGAUUCCUGGAGGUGAAGAAAGCUCUCCGUGCCAUGGUCAUCAGCGAGGAAUGGGAAGUGGUGCCGGUGGCGCGACAGCCUGAGGGGCAGGAGGUGCGGAGGCUUCUACUGGAUGACGUGUUUUGGGAGUGUGCUAUGGCGGUUCUCAACCUCCUCACGCCGGUUUAUGAAGUGCUGCGGGUUGUCGACACGCGGGCACAAAUCAUGGGCCAGGUCUAUGGCCUCAUGAUUAAUGUCACAAUCAAAACGAGGGUAGCUGCCGAGGCUGCUGCCUCUGUCUUCGUCAAGAAGACGGGCCUGCUGCCGGCUAAGGACAAGAACACAUUCCUAGCUGCCAUCAAGACCGUCCUUGCGAAGAGAUGGGAUGGCCAGCUCCAUAACGCCCUGCAUGCCAUUGGAUGGCUCCUCAAUCCCCGCAACCAAUACGCGGGGGAGGUGAGAAACGAUCCAGAGAUAAGGAAAGGGACCGAAGAAGUGAUUCAGGCCCGUGGGGGGGAUGUGGCUGAGCGCAUCAAGCUGUUUGCACAGCUCGCGCAGUAUCACAAGGGUGAGGGCCGCCUUGGAUCGGACGACGCUCGAUGGGCAGCCAGGAACCUGGUGGAGGGGGGGCGCAUGACGGAUGCGGAGUGGUGGGGGAUUUUCGGUGGGGAAGUACAAUCGCUUCAGGAGCUGGCUGUGUUUACCCUAUCACAGCCGGUCACCUCAUCCGAGGUGGAGCGGUUCUGGUCCAACCUUGCACGUGUGCAGAGACGGGACCGCAACCGCAUCUCCGUGAAGAAGAUGACGGAUGUCACCUUCGUGGCCUUCACCAGGAGGGCCCGCGAUGCAUUCGAUCGCAAAUCUGAGGCCCGUGCUAAGUUGUAUGCCGACCUUACCAACGGAACCCUCAAGGAGGGCAGUGCCGUCCCCCCGGCAGCAGUGGAAGAAGAGGGAGGGGUGGCUGAAGAGGAGGGAGCCGAGGUGGAGUGCACCAUCGACUGGAACGAAUUUGGGAGCACCGGUAAGAAGAAGAAGAAGAAGAAGAAGCGGGCGGGUGAGUGCUCCAAGAGGAAGAGGAAGGAGAAGGGGAAAAGUGCAUGCAUGCGGAAGGCGAAAGGAAAGCGUGCAGAGGAGGAGGAGGAGGAGGAUGAGGAGGCAGAAAGCAGUGGGCAGGAGGAAGCACCCUCCAAGCAUGCUAAGGGUGUCCAGCCCUGGGACCGCAGUGAUGGUGAGAGUGGGGAGGAGGAGGAGGAGGAGGAGGAGGAGGAGGAGGAGGAGGAGGAGGAGGAGGAGGAGGAGGAGGAGGAGGAGGAGGAGGAGGAGGGGUAG